UCUAGUCGUAAGUCUCUUCUUUGUUCAAAAAAAAACAACAAACCAAUCUUCUUCUUCUUCUUUCUUAUUUGCCUUUUUGAACAAAACAAGAAAAACAAAAUAAAACAACAAAACCACAACCAUCAAUUUUUCUCCAUUUUCACAAAACGUCGAGCUUAAGUUAGAAAGACCCUUCUCGUCAACCCUUUUCUCUCCCACCUCUGAUUUUUUUUUUCCUUUCUUCCUUCUUUACUAAUUUUGAUUUUUAGAUUUUUUCAUCUCUCAUUUUUUCUUGUCGGAAUACAGCUUUAUCGUGUAAUAACCUCCGACACAAACCCACUCGAAACGGCUUUUCUUAGCUUCUUGUCUUAUCAUACCAGAUUACCAAAAUUAAUUUAAUUUUUUUUUAGGUUCUUUGGUUUGUUGUCUCUGUCUCUGUCUCUCUCUCUCUGGUUUGAGAAAUUGAGUGGUCGGAGAGAGAAAAAUAGAUUAGGUGGAAAGACGCUAACGUGCGCUUUUGGAUGCGUAGUUUAAUUUUGGGUUUUUUUUUCAAAACCGAGAAGCGCGUAAGGGACACGCGUGAUUUGAUUUUUAUUUUUAUUUGUUUAUGAUGAUGAUGAUGGUGACGACGACGAUGGAGAGUGAUUGGGGAACAUGGGAGGAGCUUCUUCUCGGCGGUGCUGUUCUCCGUCAUGGAACCGGUGAUUGGACCGUCGUCGCCGACGAGCUCCGUUCUCAUUCUUUACCUGAGAUUUUCACACCUGAGAUAUGCAAGGCCAAGUACAAGGACUUGCGGAAACGUUAUUUGGGAUGCAAAGCUUGGUUUGAAGAGCUGAAGAAGAAACGAGUAGCUGAGCUUAAGGCAGCUUUACUAAAAUCCGAAGACUCUAUUGGGUCUUUGGAAUCAAAGCUACAGAGUCUGAAGUCAGAAAGUAAUGAUGAAUGUCAACAAAACAAUUAUGAUUCUAGUCGAACGUUAUCACUCGAGCCUUCCCCUAAAUCCGAAGGUGGAGGAGAAUGCACGAGCAAAGAUACAUCCAAAGACUUGUCAUCAGUUGGUAGUUUCACACAGCAAGAACUGAUCACAACAAACUGGUCACCUGAAGCUAAGUCAGAAGCACCAGCAGUAGUAGAGCAAGAGAAGACGAAAAGCAUACUACACAGCGACAUUUUCGAAUCUGUGUACGGAGGAGGACAAGUGCUUCCGAGUAUGAGGAAGAAACGAGGCAAGAGAAAACGAAAAGAUUGCAGUGUUGGUAAAGAAGUGACGGAAGUUAGCGCUGUGGAAGAAAGCGAUUUGUUGGAUACUUCUGCGGAUAUUGCUAGCAUUUCUAGGUGUAAAGAACCUGCUUCUACUAGCAACAGCCAAAGCAGAGGUCAUGGUUUGGCUCUACCCAAGGAGCUUAUGAAGAUAUACAAUUCUAUUGCACAGAACGAAUGUGCACUUGUCUUUCGUAGACGGCUUGAUAGCCAGAAAAGGGGAAGAUACAAGAAACUGGUACAGAGGCAUAUGGAUUUAGACACAAUACAAUCAAGGAUCAACGGUUGUUCGAUAUCUUCAGCCAAAGAACUCUUUAGGGACUUUCUUUUGGUGGCGAAUAACGCAGCUAUAUUUUACUCUAAGAACACUCGUGAAUACAAAUCCGCGGUGUCCCUUAGAGACAUUGUUACCAAGUCUCUGAGACACUAUUUGACAGAAGAUCAUCCUCCUCAUCGUAGCAGCAGCAUUACUACAAGCACAAAGGUUCCCAUUCUUCCUCAGAAAUCUACAUCUCCUGCUGUCCGAAUGAGCCUGGCAGCUAAAAAACCAAGAACUGGGGCGCACCCUCUUAAAACGGUUGUGAAAGAUAUGGCAAAGUCUACAAGCAGGGGUAACAAAAGGUCUGUUACGGAUUUACCAGUUUCUGCUGUGAAAUCCUCAGCAGCUGGUAAGAAGGGAGCGGCGGUAGAGAGAAAAAAGGACGGUAGACAAGCAAAUCGAGGACUCGAUUCUCCUGCACUGAUGGGGAGAAAGCGGAACCGGGUUAGGUGAUUUUUAAUGAAGGAUAUGUUUCAUUUGUUGUUUGUUGUAGUUAGGCAGAAAAAGCAUAUUAGAUGAUAGAAGUUCAUGUUUGGGUCAAUAUGACCUGCAGGCGUAGCCAGAACUGAUGAAUCAUGAUCAUUGGUAAAAACUAAUUGUUAAAAGAAUGUAAAUUAAUCUCAUUGUCACCUUUUAAUUUAUCUACUAAUCAUAGAAAAAAUCGUUUGAGGGUU